UAACAAAUCUCCCAAAAUCUCUCCCAUCCACUACUCCAUCUCCUUUUUAAGCCCCAUUCAUCCCCUCCGUUUUCCUCACACCGCAAUUGCUUCCUUCUUCCUCCUCACCACACUACACACACCCCUUCCACUUUUCCACAUCCAGAGGAAGCAGGUUUCCCCCCGCCUCCUUCCUCUGCCGCCAUGGCCUUCUUUCACUCUCCCGCUCUUCUUCUUCUACUUUUCCUAUCUCUUCCAUUCUCAGUUCAAUCUCAGCUUUCUCUCCAUUAUUACCAGAAGACUUGCCCGGAUUUUGCACAAAUCGUUCAUGACACUGUUGCUCGCAAGCACGCUACUAGCCCUGUCACGGCCGCUGCAUCUAUGCGCCUCUUCUUCAGCGAUUGUUUGGUUGGAGGCUGCGAUGGCUCUGUUCUUGUUUCAUCCAAUGUCUUCAACCACGCCGAGCGCGAUGCUGAACUCAACCGCGAUCUUCCUGGUGAUGCCUUUGACGUCGUCACUCGAGCGAAAAUUACCUUAGAGCUCUCCUGCCCUGGCAUCGUCUCUUGCUCCGACGUGUUAGCGCAGGCGACUAGAGAUCUCAUCGCGGCCGCAGGCGGACCAUCGUACAAAGUUGAGUUAGGGCGAAAAGAUAGCCUCGUCUCCAAAGUUUCAGACGUGGAAGGCAACAUUCCAAAACCGAAUCAAUCGAUCGACGAGUUGAUCAAGCUAUACGCAGCGAAAGGCUUCACGAUUCAAGAAAUGGUAGCGCUAUACGGCGGACGCACGAUCGGAUUCUCAAAUUGCAGGGAAUUCAGCGACCGGCUCUUCAACUUCGGCAAAAACACACCAACAGAUCCUGAGAUUAAUUCGAAAUACGCGGAGGCGUUGAAGAAGUCCUGUGCCGAUUACGAGAAGAAUCCAGCAAGUUCGGCGUACAGCGACCCUGUAACGCCAGGGAAGUUCGACAACGUAUACUACCAGAAUCUGCUGAGAGGAAUGGGACUGUUGGCGUCGGAUCACGCGCUGGUGAAGGAUCCGAGGACAAGGAAAUUCGUGGAGAUGUAUGCAGGAAACCAGGCAUUAUUCUUCAAGGAUUUCGGAGAGGCGAUGGAGAAGAUGAGCGUUCGAGAGGUGAAAACUGGCGGGAAAGGAGAAGUGAGGACAAGAUGCGAUGCGUUCAAUUCAAUCAACCAUUAGGCCAUUUUUUUUCAAGAUUGAUUUGGGGAAGUUUAUAGGUGGAAGAGAGUGAGAGGAACAGGGAGAGGAAGAUUGUAAUUGUGGUUAUUUCAUGUUUUAAUGAACUGAAUUUUCUU